AUGGAAUUAGACUGCCCCAAUGGCCAGGCGACUUCUGCUUCUCCCGCGCGAAAACGCUCCAUCCUGUCCAAGUUUACGAGCCGAUUCAGCAAUCGAAAUCGGAAUAUCUCCGAGUUCUACAUCCAGCCGGACGAUCCGUGGAAGUCGUAUUCACCUGGAGAUGCGGUGAAAGGCGCCGUGUGUUUGACCGUCGUCAAACCUGUUCGGAUCACGCAUCUCGUCCUCUGCCUGCAUGGUUACGCCAAAGUCUACAAGAAUCCCGUCGCUCCGGGUGAAACGGCUGAAGAUUCCGGCUUCAUAGCGACAGGAAGGGGAAGGAGGAAUGGCGAAUAUUUGGGAAACGGCCUGGCUACGUUGUUCGAGGACGAAGUUGUGCUAUGCGGGGAUGGUCGCCUCAAGGAGGGAAUAUACAAGUUUCGCUUCGAGCUGUGUUUCCCUCCGUAUGGCUUACCAAGUAGUAUCAACUUCGAACGAGGAACAAUCUCCUAUGUGCUUACGUCCACCUUGACGCGUCCAACUACAAUCUCCCCGACCAUGACCUGUGACAAGCGCAUUCUUCUUCUUGAAGCCAUCGACGUAGCAAAUCUACCCGUGCCGAAACCCCGGGUUAUUUCCCUGGAGCCCGUAUCAAAAAGGUCGAAAUCCAGAUCGAAAACCAAAACCAACUCCACCUCCAGCGACGCCCCUGCGAGAGCAUCGUCUACUGACCCCCAAUCUUCCGAUCCGGGACCGCCGCUGAGUCCUGUACCGAGCGAGCGGAGUAAUUCGAGUUGUGUGAGUAACAGCACCCAGAGCUUCCAAAUCGUCAGCGAGCCAAGUUCUGCGAGGUGCAUGGCCCAACGAAGCGACGAAUUGUGGAAUGGUGCAACAUCGUCAGCCAGCCAAGAAAUUACUGCUACAACUCGAGUACUUCGCUCUGGUGUGCUUCCAGGGGACCUUUUGCCCGUCAAUAUCUCGAUAAAGCAUACAAAGCCGAUCAGAAGUCCAAGUGGAGUCAUCAUCACUCUCUACCGCCAGGGACGCAUCGACAUGUACCCUCAGUUGCCGAUUGGGACGCCUGAAAAGGGUAAAAAGCCCGUCUAUGAGGACUACUAUCCAAAAUCACGCACCGGCCUAGGUGGUUUGAGUUUUGGUGUGACCCGAACGAGUAGUGUGUUUCGUAAGGACUUAUCUCAGCUCUUCUGUCCACUAAUCGUCGACCCCGGUACAAUGGUGGCCGAUAUCAAAACGUCGAUCCGUAUUCCUGAAGACGCGUUCCCGACAAUCACCCGUGUACCUGGAGCUAUGAUUAGCUUCCGUUACUACGUCGAAGUUGUGAUGGAUAUACGGGGCAAACUAGCCGGCCAGGACCGGCUUCGUCCGCGACUGAACAUGAUGACCAAUAAUCUGUAUGGCAGUGGCAAGGUGAAUACGGCGGCAGAGAUUCAACGGGGCAUGACGACUUCCAACGUGGCUGGGAAUAUUCUCGACACUGAUCAGGUCCGAAGAGACAAAAGUGUCAUUGCAUGUGCCUUUGAGAUAAUUGUCGGAUCAAAGGAUAGCUCCCGCACUCAGCGUCAAGACGCUCCUUCAGAGUCUGAACAAACUCAGGCGCCGUCUACUUCUCAAGAUGAACCGUUCGACCAACAACCUACAACCCAGCGCAUUCAGUUUGUCGAUCAGCAUCCACCGCAGCACAGUGAAUACGACGCUGACGGAGGUGCAGACUGGUCAAGUCACCCUCCGCCACAUAGCGAGUAUUCCACUGAGUCUCCACCUCCGACUUUCAUCCCACCCGCUCAGCCAGAAGAGGUUGUCGACGAAAAGACGAGAUUACGUCGUGCUGAAGAAAUGCUUCUCCCCAGCGCGCCACCUGCAGGGGACGAAGACGCUGCCGCCGGCCCAUCAUCCGUCCUGUUGGCACAACCUUCUGCGCCCACACUUUCCGAAGACCAUUCCCAUUAUUCACAUAUUCACGAUCAUCAACACCAGAGCGACUUUAACUCCUUGCCUCGGAACGGCUCGCCCGCUGCAUCUGCUCUUCUACGGAUACGAUUACUCCAGCCUACCGAACCGCAAACGAUCAUUCACGUGCGUCUUUCCACCCUGUUCAUUCUUCUCCUCCCCCUCCUAACCCCUGGCCAGAAUCUUCCGGCGAUGCGCAUGCAAACACUCCCGCCGCCCAAUCCCACGCCCCAGACGAUAAACAGGAACUUGAGCGGCAACGCCUCCUUAAUCAAGCUAGUGCUCCUCCCGAUUCGUACACUCACGCUCACGACGCUGGACUCGAUGCUACCUCAAAUUUCGAACCCUCCGCGCCAGUUCUCACAGAGGAAGAUAUUAUCAUCAGCCAUCCCUCUACUGGAGCUGAGCCCCAAAUCGGAGGAGAAUCGUUGCCUAGAUACCAGCGCGGAAACUGGAAUUCAUAAUCUCGUUACUAGUUGGCGACUGGAAGUGUGUUUAUAA